UUUAUGCUUACUGGUGUGAAAAAAUAUUAUCGUAGUUCAUAUGGAAAAUGUAGAAGUAAUAAAAAAUUAAUAGGGAAAACUGUUAUUAUUACUGGAGCUAAUUCAGGUUUGGGUAAAGCAACAGCAAUAGAUUUGGCUCUUCGUGGUGCAAGAGUUAUAUUAGCAUGCAGGAAUUUGGAAGCAGCGAAUGCAACCAAAGAAGAAAUCAUUUACCAAACUGAUAAUGAAAAUAUAGUGGUUCAUCAUGUUGACUUCGAAUCUUUAGAUUCGGUACGAGAAUUUUCCAAAAAGAUUCAUGCUACUGAAGAACGUGUCGAUAUUUUAGUUAAUAAUGCUGGUGCAAGUCAACUUGGUAAUAAAUUAACAAAAGAUGGUCUACAUAUUGCAAUGCAAGUGAAUCAUUUUGCACCAUUUUUAUUGACAAAUUUGUUACUAGAUUUAUUAAAGAAAUCCGCACCAAGUCGUAUUGUGAAUGUGUCAUCUCGUUUUCAUAAAAAUGCUCGAUUAAAUUUAAACGAUUUAAACGAAGCACCAGCAGUUGAUGUUAUUACAUAUUCAAAUACAAAAUUAUGUAAUCUUUUAAUGUCAAAUGUAUUAUCUCGAAGAUUAGCUGGCACUGGAGUUACAUCAAAUUGUUCACAUCCUGGAUUUGUUGACACAAACAUAUGCAAAAACAUGUCGUAUAUAGAAUGGCUUGGUUGGAAAAUAUUGGCAUACUUAUUUUUCAGGACUCCAAAAGAAGGUGCUCAAACAACAAUUCAUUUGGCUGUAUCAGAAGAGUUAGAAAAUGUAUCUGGAAAAUAUUUUGCUAACUGUAUAGAAGCUACGCCAUCAAAACAAGCUCAAGACGAAAAAUUGGCUGACAGAGUAUGGGAACUAAGUGAAAAAGCAGUUGGUUUAAUGCCGGAUGAAAAACAUAUUUAGAA